AUGCUAGAUCCCAGGAACCUGCCUGAGAAGGAACUUUCAGAAGAAACAUGUGAGCUGGAAGCAGCAGCUGUCCUCCCUGCCUCCUGCCUUCAGCAUCUGGACAGCAGCGACUGGAAAGAACGCAUCUCCUGCAUGGAGGCAUUCGAGAAAGCCGUGGAAAAGAUGGAGGAGAACCAGGUUCCCUGCCAGGCUCUGGUGAGGCUGCUGGACAAAGAACCCGGAUGGAAGGAAACCAAACUCCAGGUGAUGCAGAAGAAGCUGCAGCUUGUCACCCUCAUUGCCCAGAAGGGGGUCUUCUCCAAGACCUCGGCUCAGUUUGUCCUGGGAAACCUCGUGGACAAGAUUGGGGACGUUAUCUGUGGGGGCGACACCAAGGAAGCAUUGACUGCUGUGGCGGAGGCGUGUGGACUGCCGUGGACGGCAGGGAAGGUCACGGAAGUGGCCUUUUCACAAGACAGCCCCAGAACCCAUUCGGAAACCCUCAACUGGCUGGCCAGCGCCAUUCGAGACUUUGGCUUUGAGGGCAUGGAAGCCGAGGCCUUCAUCAAGCACAUGAAAUCGGCCUUGGCUGCGGCGCAUCCAGAUGUGCGGGCCUCUGCCUUCAACCUCCUGGGCGUGAUGUACUUGUGUGUUGGCGCCCCUCUGCGGGCUUUCUUUGAGGAUGAGAAGCCGCUUCUCCUCUCCCAGAUAGAUGCAGAGAUUGAGAAGGUGAAAGGGAAGAGCCUUCCCCCUCCUACGCGAGGCAGAUGCAAGUUCUGCAGAGAAAACGGGAACGAGCAGAGAGGGGGAGAUGCCCAACUCUGCACCAGGAACAGUGCGGUUGACAUUAGCAAGAGGUUCUCCACGGAGCUGAUGCACAAGAUGCAGGACUCGGGCUGGAAGGUCCGCAGGGAAGGUCUGGAGGAGCUCUCCAGGAUCCUCAGCGAUGUCAAAUCGAUCCAGCCCAGCAUCGGGGAUCUCCCGGCGGCCUUGAAGAUCUGCUUGCAUGACUCCAAUAAAGCCCUGGUGAAGCAGACUCUUGGGAUUCUUCAGCAGCUAGCUAGGCUCAUGGGACCGGGUAUUAAAUACCACAUCAAGACACUAGGUAUCCCUCUCAUUGCUGUUUUCAGAGACAGCAAGGGCAGCGUGCGAGCAGUGGCGCUCAAAACGGUGGAAGCCUGGGCCGAGCAGACAGGCAUGAAGGAGUGGCUGGAUGAAGAGGAUCUCUCCGCAGAGCUGAAGAAGGAGAAUUUCCCCCAAAGGCAGGGCAUCCUGGGGUGGCUGGCUGAUAAACUGCCCUGCCCUAGUUCUGCCUCUACUGACCUGGUUCGCUGUCUGCCUCACCUCUAUUCGUCCCUGGAGGAUCGCCAAGAGGAGACGUGCAAGGCAGCCCAUGAGGCCCUGCCGUUCUUCCUGCUCCACCUCGGUUUUGAGAAGAUGUCUGAAGCGGCUGGUAAACUGAAACCGGCUUCCAGAGACCAGGUCUUGCUAGUGCUGGAGAACACCAAAGCUGGGUGGCCAGCCAAGCCCACUACCCCUCUUGACAACUCGCCUUCCGAGUUACCAAGGAGCAAGCCUUGGCCCAAGUUGGCUCCUCCCCAACACUCCAACCCGGCCUCCUUUUCUGCAGAAAAUGUGGGGUCCACCGAGCUGAACUUGGAUGCCAAAAAAACAAAACCGGAAGGGACUGUCCCCAAAGCUAAGAAGAUGCCAGGCGUGAAGACCAAAUACGGCAUGAAGGAAGACAGCAGCAAGGUUGGGCCCAUUUUCAUUAUUGUUCCCAAAGCCAAAGAGCAAAGGAUGAAGGACGAGAAGGCCCUGAAGGUGCUGAGAUGGAACUUCAGCACCCCGAGCAGCAAGUAUGUGGAACAGCUCAAGGCUCAGAUGAGUGGCUGCCUCUCCAACUGUCUGCAAGAGGAGCUCUUCCACUCCAACUUCCAGCACCACAUCAAAGCUCUGACCAUGAUGACGAAGCACUUGGAGACGGAAAAGGACGGAGUCAUCAGCUGCCUGGACCUCGUCCUGAAAUGGCUCACUCUGCGGCUCUUUGACACCAACACGUGGGUGCUGAUGAAGAGCUUGGAGUAUCUCAAAAAACUCUUUGAUCUGCUAAUCCAGGAGAACUACCAGUUGAUGGAGAACGAGGCAUCCUCCUUCCUGCCCUACCUCCUGCUGAAAAUGGGGGCAACCAAGGAGUCCAUCCUCAAAGAGGUGCGGGCUAUAGUGAAGCAGACAAUCCUUAUCUACCCAGUCUCCAAGACUUUCUAUUUCCUCCUGGAGGGAGCCAAGGGCAAGAACCCCAACCAGCGGGUUGGAUGCUUGGAAGAGCUGGGGUGGCUGCUGAAAGAGUAUGGCCCAGAUGUGGGCCAGCCAAGCCCAAGCAAAGCUCUGAAGACCAUCAUCGCCUUGACAGGAGAUUCCAACAACUCGGUCCAUAGUGCUGCCUUGAGAGUCGUCGCGACAGCCAGAGAUGUCUACGGGUCUGAGGCCUUCAAGGCGAUUGCUGGUGUAUCUGAGAAGCACAUGAACUUGCUGGAGGACGGUGUAAGAGAGGUAGAGGCGAGGAGAGUCAAAGAAGAAAAAGUGUACACUCAGGUCUCCAACAUGAGCACUAGGGCAGGACUAGAAGGCUGCAGACGAAGCCAUGCAAUCAGCAACCGCACAGGGGAAGAAUAUUCAACUCUCCAUCAGGACAGGACUGAGACAGGGAAUGCUGGCAGCAUGGCCUUGGGCCAGAGUCCAAAUCUGGGUAGCAAUGCUCCCAGAGCUACGAGCCUUGAGUCUCAGACUGGGAGUAGCAUCAAUAUGAUUAUUUGCCAUGUGGCCAGCGGCAACAUCAGCACCAGCACUGAGGCUCUAGCAGAGAUCCAAGAGAUUCUAAGACGGGAGGACAAGGUGAGGACCAUGUCUGGUCACAUCAACCAAUUCUUGAUAGCCACGCUCCGGCAGCUGAAGUUCAUCCAUCGGCUCCAUGUGACAGCGGAGGAGGAGACCGAGAAGGAAGAAGUCGCCAAGCUUUACAGCAGCGUCAUCUGCAGUAUGGUCUCUCUCUUUCAGGUGGACGGCCUGGCCCAGGAAGCCUCAACUGGGGUGCUGAAGGAUCUCAUGAACAUCCUCAUCACCUUACUGUUGGAUUCUCCGGUUGAAGAGCUUCAGGAGGGGCAGGAAGUCACCCAGUUUGUCAAUCUCCUGAUGACCAAGGUGCUGGAGAGAUCAGACCAGACCAGAAUUCUCAGCUCUUUGCUGGACCUUCUUUGUGAAUGCUUGACAGCCAGCACCUGCCCUCUACCCUUUUCUGAAGUCGUGGCGAAGUGUUUAUGGAAAACCUCCAGGCUCCUUCCGCAGACUAUCGGUAGCAUCAAUUUGGACCAGAUCCUUCUGGAUAUCCACAUCUUCAUGAAGGCUUUGCCUGAGGAGAAACUGAAGCAGUCUCAGAGUAGUAUCCCACUCAGGGCACUGAAAACUCUGCUGCACACCUUCUGCAAGCUGAAGGGAGAGGAGAUUUUGGAUCACCUCUCGUUGAUACAAGACAAAGGCGAGUCUGAGUUGGAGGCCUACCUGAGGAAGUUUGUCGGACACUCGGCAAAGCAGAACGGGGUGGAUGGGGACACAGAGUGUUCUCUGCCAGCGGAAGGCAAAAUCGAAAACACUCUGGGGUCAAUUUUCAAGAAGAUCAACUGCAAAGAGACUGCCAGGGCUGGCCUUGAAGAGUUAUAUGAAUACAAGAAGGAGAACCCGGAGGCAGACUUGGAACCUUUCUUGAAAACCUGUUCCCUACUCUUCCGGAGUUACGUCAAGCACGGCUUGGCAGUUAUAGGAUCAGAGAGAGGAGGCAAACAGAACAGCUGA